AUGGAACUGGAUAUGGACAUCAAUGAAUUAUUGGUCAUUGGAGAUUUUGACCUGCUGAUUCAUCAAGUACAAGGCGAAUGGGCGACCAAGAAUGAAAAGAGCUUGCCGUAUGUGAACUUGGCACAAACAUUAUUCAAGAAAUUCAGAAAGAUCGAAUUUCGACAUACACCGAGGGCUCAAAAUGAAUUUGCCGAUGCACUGGCCACAAUAGCGUCAGUGAUCCAGCAUCCUGAAAGCAGUCACAUCGACCUACUAAGGAUAAGCUUGAAAGAAGAGCAUGCCUACUGUUGUCACGUGGAGGCUGAGCCAGAUGGAAAGCCAUGGUAUAAUGACAUCAAAAUAUAUUUGGAAAGACGGGAAUAUCCCGAAAGCAUUACAAAUGGACAAAAGAAUACCAUCCGAAGAAUGGCAAAUGGUUUCUUCCUAAACAAAGAAAUGAUGUAUAAACGAACGCUGGAUUUGGGUCUGCUUCGAUGUGUAGACGCCGGCGAAGCCUCCAAACUUCUAGAAAAAGUACAUGCUAGAGCAUGUGGACCUUAUAUGAAUGGAUUCGUACUGGCAAAGAUUAUUCUAUGA